AUGGAGGCUUCAGGCGCAGACAGGGGCUUCUUCCAGAAACCGCCCGUUCUGAAUAAUCAGUUCUACGACGAUGUGGCGUUCCAGAGAUGCUUCAAGCUGUUCCUUCCAAAACACAUCAUCCGCCAAGUUGAAGCUGAAGUGGCUGCUCUUGGAGAUGAUGUCCUCUCCGACGAGGUCUUUACUUGGAUAACAGAUGCCGAGCGAAACAAGCCAUAUCUCACGGGGUCAGGCCGCGAUGUAUUCGGUCAGUGGAAAGGCGACCUAGUCACUGGUGAGGGAUGGCGUGGCCUUCAGAACUUCGGUCUGUCUCGAGGCUUCGUCGCAGCCGGAUAUGAUACUGAACACGGCCCAUUCGCACGAGCGUACCAAUUCUUGCGUAUACAACUUUGGACGCCGUCAUGUGCUAAUGUUGGCUGUCCUUCUGCUAUGCAAGACGGUGCUGCUCGACUUUUGCAGACACACCUAAAAAGCCCCGAGCUCUCAAAGUAUUUAACGGAUACACAGAGAAGAGUUUUUGAGAAUGCAUUCCAACAUCUAAUUUCGAGAGAUUCUUCCUAUGCCUGGACGAGCGGGCAGUGGAUGACAGAAAGAACAGGGGGCAGUGAUGUAUCACUAACCGAAACCACAGCAAUAACUGCCUCUGAUAUUGGACUGGCCUCAAAGAUUGAGGAUAUUCCCCUAGGACCCUGGAGUAUUAGCGGCUUCAAGUGGUUCUCCUCAGCGACCGACUCAAGAAUGACUGUCCUUCUGGCCCGUACAUCCAAAGGUGGACUCUCAACUUUCAUCGCGCCAAUGUACAAGCAUGAUCCCCAUGCCACUACAGUCACAGGACUAUCAAAAGAAAAUGGAGAGAAACUAAAUGGUGUGCGCAUUCAACGACUCAAGAAUAAAUCGGGCACGCAAUCCCUUCCUACCGCCGAACUCGUUCUUGAAGACAUGCGGGCCUGGCUUGUAGGCCAGGAGGGCCGUGGCAUUCAAGAGAUUGCAAACGUCUUGACACUGACUCGAGUUCAUUCUUCAAUCGCGGCUGUUGGAUACCUAGGAAGGGGACUGGCCAUCGCGAGGGCUUAUGCUCAGGUGCGAGAAGUGGGUGCAGGAAGGGGUACUCGGAUGAAGCUUACAGAAAGCUCGUUGCACAUGAGAACUAUGUCAAAGACAUCUUGCGAGUACAGGGGACUCAUGCUUCUUUCCAUGUUCACAUCUUAUGUUCUUGGCGUCUCUGAACAUGGCGUUUCCUCGACUUCAAGUCUAUCAUCAGCACUAGAGACACUUACACCGUCGAAACAGCAUGCUGCACCGCUGGUACGAGUUCUCACACAACUCACCAAAGCCUAUGUCUGCAAAGCAUCCGUUCAACUGCUCUUCUCAUGUAUGGAAUCGCUUGGUGGUGUCGGAUACCUCGCCAACGAAGAACAAGAAUAUCUCAAUAUCGCCCGCCUGCACCGCGACUGCACCGUGCUGCCCAUCUGGGAGGGCACGACAGAUGUUCUAAGCACCGAUUUUCUACGUGCAUUAAAGCAUCCCAAGGGCGGUCAAGAGGCCCUCGACGCUCUUGAAGAUUCCGUGAGGAGAGGUAUUGCUUUUCAAGGAAGGAUUUCUCGACCUCAAGGCUGGGGCCCAUUGGAAGCUUGGAAGACAUUGAGGCAACGUCUUGAAAGUGAGUCCCUGACAGAUUUGAUGGGCGACGCCAGGGAAAUCCUCUGGGGCGUUGCAGACAUACUGGUAUCUAUCCUGCUUUUCGUCGAUGCGGGCAGUGAUGGUGACCAGAUUGCACUGGAUAUCUUUUUACGCUUCCUAGAGGCAAAGAACGUUAUUACGACGCGACAAAAGGUGUCGGCUAAGGAGCAGCUUAUGAGGGAUAUUGGGGUUGUGUAUGGGAGUGCUGAGAGUGACAUGUCACCCAAGCUUUGA